AUGGACGUCUAUAAAGCCAUAGAAACCUACGUGACCAAGAUGGUCUCAACGCCGCCAUCUAUGAAGGUGUUGCUACUCGAUUCACACACCACUCCAAUUGUCUCCCUCUCAGCAACGCAAUCCAUGUUGCUGUCGCACCAAGUCUACCUCACUGACCGGAUCGACAACAAGCAACGAGAUCGGAUGCCGCAUAUGAAAUGUGUCUGUUUCCUACAGCCAAGCGAAGAUAGCAUGGACGCUCUGUCAGAAGAACUGAAAGAGCCGAAAUACGGAGAGUACUAUCUGUACUUCAGUAAUAUCCUGAGCAAGGCAGCGAUUGAACGAUUAGCGGAGAUGGACGAGUUUGAGGUUGUGAGGGAGGUCCAGGAAUACUUUGCAGACUAUUGUCCAAUACUCCCUUCUCUCUUCUCCUUGAACUAUGCGCCAACAUCGUCAAAACCGUUAUACGGCUCGACACCAAACUCUUGGGACUCGCGAGCCCUCGAGUUGGCGGUGCAAGGUGUAACAGCUGUGUUGCUGAGUCUGAGGAAGAAGCCGGUCAUUCGGUACGAGAGGAUGAGCGGUAUGGCGAAGAAGUUAGCCACGGAAGUACAGCACCGCAUGAAUGCCGAGUCGACUCUGUUCGAUUUCCGGUUAACCCAGGUCCCCCCGCUGCUACUCAUCCUGGAUCGGAGAAAUGAUCCCGUAACACCUCUCUUGUCGCAAUGGACAUAUCAAGCCAUGGUACACGAACUGAUAGGGAUUCAUAAUGGGCGUGUGGACUUGAGCAAUGUUCCAGACGUCCAGAAAGACCUAAGGGAAAUCACUCUGACCACGAGCACCGACCCGUUCUUCCAAACCCACUACAUGUCAACUUUCGGCGACCUAGGAUCUUCCUUAAAGGACUACGUCCAGCAAUACCAGGCUAAAUCCCUCGCCACCUCGCCCUCUUCAAUUAACUCGAUUGCGGAUAUGAAGCGGUUCGUGGAGGAAUACCCAGAGUUCAGGAAGCUGGGCGGGAAUGUCAGCAAGCACGUUGCUUUGGUUGGAGAGUUGAGCAGGCUGGUUGGGAGGGAUAAGCUGUUGGAAGUUGGAGAGAUCGAGCAGGGUCUUGCGACACAUGCUGGUGCGGACUACAAGGCCGUCCAAGCGAUCAUCAUGAACAAGGACGUCCCUCCUUGGAAUAAGUUGAAGAUCGUGAUGCUAUACGCACUGCGGUAUCAGAAGACGCAAACGGCCAACAUCGCAAACCUCAUCAACCUCUUGCUGGAGAACGGUAUUUCCAGGGAAGACGCGAAGCUUGUGUACGUUUUGCUGAACAUCGCUGGAGCUGACCAGCGGCAAGACGAUCUCUUUGCGACAGAGUCGCUACUUGCCAAGGGAAGAUCUGCUUUGCGUGGUCUCGGAGGAGUUGAGAACGUAUACAUGCAACAUACACCACAUCUAUCUCAAACUCUUGAAAACCUGCUCAAGGGAAGGCUAAAGGAGCCAAGUUAUCCGUUCCUUGAUAACGCUGGGCCCAAUGCCGGACUGCAGAGACCACAAGAUGUAAUCAUCUUCAUGAUUGGAGGCGUCACUUACGAAGAAGCCAGGACAGUGACGCUCUUCAACCAAGAUCCCUCUGCCGCCACGAAUGGCAGCAUCGUUGGUUCCACAGGGACGCGGUUCCUCCUCGGGGGCACCUGCGUGCACAGAUCAGCCUCAUACAUCGAGAUGGUCCGUUCUGCAGCUGAAAACUUCCCUACAUCAGUGUACGAUCCACCUCCGGAAUCGUCGUCGAACGCGCCAGUCCUUAAUCUCAACCUCGGGGGUGUUAAUGUGAGUUUGGGUGGGCCUGCUGGCUCGGGCGUCUAUCGAACGAGCAGCGACGGUGUGAACGUCCAGGCCGACGGCUUGAGGGAUGGUGUGCUGAACCUCAUUGGCAAAGUAAAGCAGGGUGUCGAUCGAAUAGGCAUCCAAUAA